AUGGCGCCAAAGUCGCUAGCGGAACAGAUUGCUGAUCUGGAGGAUCUUACUCCGAGAGAUUUUGACCCGGAGGACAUUGAGCGCGGUGGACAAUCUAGCGAUGAUGAGGCACCCGUGAAGGAUGCCAGUGCUGGUAGGGAGCAUUACCAGGCUGUUGGAAAGGGAAAACUUCGCAAGGAGGAUCCGAUUUCCUUGGGGAAACAGUACGCCAGUUCGCGGGUUAGCCGAGACGCACUUGAGGCCGAGAGUGACGACGAUCCAUUUGCGGCGCGGUCUAGCGACGAAGAAAGUGGCGAUGAAGACGAGGAUCUGAGCGAUGACGAUGAUAUCUCCGAUGGAAGCGAAGACGAGAAGCCGCCGAAAUUCAAGACUGCUAGUCGAAAACGAGUUGAAGACGAUCUGGACGGGAUGGAUACAGAUGGAUCGGAGGGUAGUGAGGAUGAUAUGGAAGAUUUCGACGAGGAAGAGAUUUCAGAGGAAGAUGGUGACGAAGAUGAAGAUGAAGACGACGAAGACGAUGAGGACGAUGAGGAAGAUGAAAAACCCGCAAAGCGCCGAGUGAAAUUUGAUUCUGGAUUCGACGACCGCGAGCAACUCCGCCAACUAAUGGCCACGGACCAAAAGACCAUCGCAGCGACCAUCUCCCAAGCCGCCAAAGCCGACGCGACAAAGGGCAAAGCCGUCAAGCAACAGCGCGCAACCUUUGACGCCCUUCUCAACGCUCGCAUCAAGUUCCAAAAAGGUCUCACCGCAGUGAACCAGCUCUCUGUCGCAGCACGCAACCAAACCGAAGAUGACGAAGUCGACGCCGACGCCUUCAGAUCAGCCGAAACCGCCGCCCUGACGCUCUGGUCAACCCUCGAAGACCUCCGUCUCACCCUCGCCGACGCGCAGACACAAGACGAGUCAAAGAAACGCAAACGGCCUUCCCCCGCCACCUCAACAACAGCCACAUCCUCCCUCUGGGCCCGGAUGACCGACCUCGAGUCCACGGCCGUCACCCACCGCCGCGCAAUCCUCGACAAAUGGUCCCUCAAAGUCCGCGGCGCAAACACCACCACCCUCGCCAAUUCAAAGACAAACAAGCUCCUCGGCUCCGCAUCCGCCCAACAAACCAUCACCGCCGUCCUCGACGCGCACAUUGCCUCCGAGACCGCCGACUCCCGCGCCGCGAAGCGCGCGCGCAACAACAUGCCCGCCACAAAUGGCACCUCGACUUCCAACCCCUCUGAAGCGGAAGAACCCAUUUACACCGAUGCUCUCUUUUAUCAAUCCCUCCUCCGUGACCUGGUUGAGCAGCGCAUGUCCUCGUCCGAUGCAAUUACCAACGGGCUCGACACGCUACACCUCCUGCCCUCGCGCGACGUGCACCCGGUGACAGGGAUGCGCAAGGAUAAAGUGAAGCGCGACGUCGAUACACGGGCCUCGAAAGGAAGAAAGAUGCGUUUUGAUGUUCAUGAGAAGCUGCAGAAUUUCAUGGCGCCCGAGGAGCGCGGCACCUGGACGCUGCAUGCGCGCGAUGAGUUCUUUGCGUCGUUGUUGGGCAAGACAGCCAGUGGGUUGUUGGGCGAGGAGGAGGAUGAGGUUCAUGGAGAGCGGAGUGAUGUGAGUGAGGAUGAUGAUGCGGAGGAAGGUGGAUUGAGGCUUUUUCGGUGCUGA